AUGGUAACUCUCAGAUGCGGUUCCAGGCAGGCGGCCCCUGCGUCCCUUUUCACUGUCCGCGGUCCUUGGCGGCAGGUACAUCUUAGGAUCCUAAUCCUGAGCGCUGCAAUCUUCGGCAUCCUCCAGACGAAUCUGCGGCUGCAUGGCUCUAACGGAAGGAACGCUGCCGCAAAAGCAGAGGAAGCCCCCUUCGUUGUAUCAGAACCAUUUAAGACAGAGACAGGCUUAGAAGGAUCUGGCAUCGCCUCUAUACACCAGGGCAGCGCUUCGUCCUUGGACCUUCCGAAUACCGUGGGGACUGGCGAUCGACAACCGUCCUUGUGGGAUGGCGUCACUCAAGACGGUCCGUGCCACUUGGAUCCCUCCGAAAAUGGCGAUUCUACGGGUACACGUAACAGUGCCUUGUCUGAUUGUGCGGCGGGUGUAGAGCCAGGUCUGAAAAACGGAAGAUGGCUGGAUUUUUCCAUGGCGCCAGGCCCCUACUUCGUUGGAUCAACGGUGACUGUUGAGGCGAGGCCUCUCCACUGUAUCAGCUCUUCAGCGGGGUCAGACGGGAGAGAGCUGGACGUGACCGUGUCCUUGAUCCUAUUGGACCGCCUUCCUAAAGGGCGGCCGGCGUUGCCACUGGUGACAACGUCCUCGAACUCCGCCCCGCGUGCGGAGCGCGACCUGCAGCGCAGAGCUGUUUUCACUACGUACGGUGAGAGUAUCCCUCUCACCGCGAUACCAGGAGAGCCGUUCACUGUGGAGUGGCUUGUCACGGUACCAGGGAGCUACUUGAUAGAAGUUACGGGCGAGGGAAUGCCUCCAGCCGUACUCGGGACACUCGUGGCUGUGGAAAAGGGUUCCCAAAUCCUGAAAGUUAUCCAGCAGCCACAGAAUGGAGAGAGCGGAGAGGUGAUUUCGCCGACGCCCAUGCUUGAGGUGGUCGAUGGGAACGGUGAAACGACGACGGUGUCUGCGUCAACCAUACUGGCCCGCCUCUACAGCCCAGCCUCUGAAAUUCAGCAAGGCAAGCGUCUGCCAGUGCUGAGAGGAAAGACCUUGACCCGGGUAUCGCGAGGAAUAGCGGCGUUUCCUGGCCUUUCAGUACAAGAGGCCGGUGUAGGUUACCGUCUCAGUUUCAUUGACAUAUCCGGGAGAAUUCCCGUGGAAGUCUUUUCGGACGUAUUCGACAUCGCAGCCGGCCCACCAGCCAAGCUUCUUUUCGUAGAACAGCCUCCCGCAACCGUGAGCCCAGGGCAGGCAAUUAGAGCCGCUGUCGAGGUGCAGGACAAGCAUGGAAACAGAGCCGCUGGCAAGUGGGAUAUCUCGUUAGCGGUGGUAGAGGAAGGACAUCAAGGAGACAGCGCGAUUCGUUCGCAUGCGCGCCCAGCGGUCGACAACACAAGCCAUAGUAACCCAGUAGUCUUCGACGCUUUGACAAUUCCGGAUGCGGUGCUUGGCAUCUACGCUUUCAUGGCUGAGUGCGAGACGUGCCCGAGCCCACUCGCUGUGAAGAGUUCCCCAGUCCGCCUGACCCCCAAAACGGAAGUGUGGGUGCUCACAGACUGCGGCAUUCUGUCUGCGCGGCGAGGAGAUAGGACGCCCGAAACAAACUUGGAUCGUCACUGCGUUAUACAAAUCUCUCUGAGCGAGGGAGGCAAGCCUGUGUCUUUGACUGCUCCGGUCGCCGUGCAUGUGGACAUCUUGGAAGGCAACCGAGCUCCAAUGGCGCGGCCUCGUAUCAGUCUCGCCUCCGAUGAGCUUCAUUUCAUCCCCGGGGGUCCGACAUCAAGGAGCAUCCACGUCGAGGCCUUGGAAGAAGACGGAAGGGAAUCUGCGGUUUCCAGAUUGAAUGAAUCAGCGAGUAACAGCUGGAUUCGACACCUUCUCUUACUCCACACGCAAUCUAACGAUCAACGAUGGACUGAACCUGCAGUUCGGUGGCCAAGUGGGAAAGAAGUUACCAUCAUAACCACAAACGGAGCGCCCGACUAUGCACCUCGAGACGGAGUGCAGAGAGCAGGAGACCGCCUCAGAGACACCGAGAGCUCCAAGGCAAGUGGAUUCCUAUGGGGCACACUGUCCUCAGUGGCCCAGCCUGAAUGCGCGAAGGCGAUUCUGCAUCCGAGGCAUAGGUUACGAGAAGCAGACCAUCUAUCCGCGAGGACACAUGAAGCAAAGGCGACGCGUAGUACCUUCGCGACACCGCUGAUUGUGUCCACCGGAGGCGAGCCAGGAUCUCAACUCGCACCGCCAGCAGGCAUGCGUUUGCCUUCUGAUUUGAUCAGCAUGCAAGAAGACAUGGGUCAAAUAAGAUGGAAUUCGACGGAUAUUCUUGUCAGAGAAGGAACAUCUGUGGAGUUGGCCUUCCAGCUGGGGGCUCGACCCCUGGCGGCUGUCUACGUGUCGCUCUCGUGCCCUUCGCCGUUUAUCAAACACACAAAAGACCGUGCUGAGGUUGAGCCAGAGGAAUGGCUUUUCGGCGACAGCCUUCUUGUUAACGCUCUCCCGCGGCCAGAUUUCCCGGAGGCGCAGUAUACUGUGAAGUGCAACGUUUCGAGUCGCUCAGACGAUCCGCGUUACGUGUUCGAUGCCGAGUCAUUCGCGAACUCGAGUCAGGAAGAUGCGCAAAUAUUUGGAGCGGUUCUUCAGCUGACCGUUUACCGCCAUCAGUGCCAUGACGGGUCGUUCAAGGGCUUCUGCCCUUGUCCGACCGGAUACGCCUGCGAUGGUGCAUCCACAGUCUACAAAUGCCCAGCAGGCACGGAAAGUACGCCACACGGAACCUCAUGCCGAAUUCUUGCUGCGGGCGUUGUCAACGCGAAAAACUGCGAAUGCGAACACUACUCGUUGGAGUGGGCAAAUCACUCUUGCCCGGUCGGGCACUACAGCCUGUCUAUGAGCAGCGGCGUUUGCUCGCGGUGCCCUCCAAACACCUACUCGGAGCAUGUCCUCCGAGACAAGACAUGCUAUAUAUGUCCGCACGGAUUUAUUUCUGGCGAAGGAGCGGCUGGAUGCGUCCAAGGCGUCAGCGGCAACUUCAUCUCUGCAUAUGAAAAAGUCUUGCGAAAGAAGUUGCUGCUUGGUCCCGGCUCCAACGAGUCUGUGGGACGCACCUACCAAUGUGGAGGUGACAAAUCUGGAAGCUACAGCUUUGACGGCCAGGGUCACUGUUCGUACGGACGCAGAGGGAACAUGCAACCAGCUUUCCCCUUCUCAGGCCGGCUGUAUGACUGCCCUCCGGGAUUUGCAAUCGGGAGCGAUCAUCAGUGUUGGGAAGUCGACAGAUCAAAGUACUCCCUCGGAAAGAAUGCGCUGCUAUGCCAGGGAGGCGUCUUCCACCGCACUCUCAUGGACAGGUGUACCCCCUGCCCACAAGGUUUUUCAUGCCACGUAGAAGAAAAAUAUAAGUCGUGGCUCACUCGGUGCAAGCCCGGAUCGGCGAGUUACCUGGGCGACGCAGACUGCGUCAAGUGCCGCGCGGGAUACUUCUGUCCUGGCUAUAUGGAGCCGUUCUGGCAGCCCCCGCUCAGGCGAUUCCCCGGGUGGUAUGAGUCAGGAUUUGAGAGCAGCACGUCCCCGGAGGUUAAAAAGCACCGUCUCCAGAUGCAAGGGUACUGCGGAAUGGGGACGUACGGACGCCUUUACGUCGACGUCGAGGGCAGACCAGGAGAAUAUUACGCCACAUACAACUCAACGUGCGCGACAUGCCCCCCUGGCACUUUUUGCUAUGACGUCGGAAUCGUCAAUUUCCAAGCCUAUAAGUGCCCGCCGGGCCACUACUGCCUAGGUGGCGACUCGAUUCCGGUUCCCUGCCCUCCAGGAAGCUAUUACCCGUUCCGUGGAGCCAUGUCAAGCAACGCCUGUAUGACAUGCCCUGACGGGUUCGAUUGCGAAAAGCUAAGCCAGAAGGUGGAGCCGGAACUUUGCCCCCCCGGCUUCAUUUGUCCCUUUGGACGCAAGAAAAUUGCAUGCCCUGACGGCACGACGAACCCCUUGCCAGGCCAGUCUGCCCUGGAGCAAUGCGAGCGAUGCCCAGCUGGAUACUACUGCGCAAAUAAAGCUGGCGCCCCAAAGCCGUGCCCGGCCGGAACGUACAACCCGUUUGAAGGAGCUCAAAGUAGCGCUGACUGUCUCCCUUGCCCAGGCGGAUUCCAAUGCAGUUCGCCAGGAGCAGUUUACUACCUUGGCAGGUGUCCUCCGGGAGCGUACUGCAACGAAGCGAGCACAGCGCCAGACUUGUGCCCAGAAGGAACGUGGAGACCUGGAUAUCUUGGAACGUCUCUCAUGCACUGCCAUGCAUGUCCGGCUGGGGCGCGAUGCAAGCAAGGCACGACCGCGGCGACAAUCGAAAAAUGCCCGCGAGGUUCAUUCUGCGCCUCAGGACUUGUCGUCACCUGCCCGCCUGGAACGUUCGCCGAAAACUCGUCAUUACAAGGCCCACCCGACUGUGCGCCUUGCGAGCCGGGAAAUUAUUGUCCGACACCGGAUACAAAAACGCCUUGCCCCGCCGGACAUUACUGCCCCGCGGGUCAGGCCAAGCCCAUCCCUUGCCCCCAGGGCACGUACUCGGGGGCGAGUGGAGUGAAGAAUCGCCAAGGCUGCCUUCCCUGCACAACGGGUCACUCGUGCCCAGCGGGAACUAUCGUGCCCCAAACGUGCCCCGCAGGAACCUACAUGAAAGUUGAAUCCGACAACAGCGUAUCAAUCAAACUCGAAGUAUGCGCGCCGUGCGAAGCUGGGAAUGCGUGCAAGGAUGGAUUCCCUAUUGCGUGCGGCAAAGGCUACUAUUCAGGGCCUGGGCAAACUGAAUGCGACGAGUGCCCAGAGGAGCCCUACCCACAAUUCUUGACGGACGGGAUAGACGGGGCCACUAUUGCCCAGAAGGAUCGGUGUCAGCACGGCAAAUGCCCUGCCCGCCCGGCGCAUCAUGGUGCGGCGCAGAGGCCUUCUGGCCAACUCGCUCUUGGGCGUCUCACCAAGCCCGGCCUCCAGAAAAGCGAGGACUGCGAAAAGUGCCCCGCCGGAAAGUACUGUGGGAGCUUAGGGGCCAGCCAGGCAACAGGUGACUGCAAGGCGGGAUUCUUCUGCGAGGGCGGCGCCGCCACUGCAGCUCCCCAGGGCUCGUUAUGUCCGAUGAACGCCUUCUGCCCUGGUGGCACGCAGUCUCCCGGCUCCUGUGACGACGGAUUCUAUAUUCCAUGGAGGGGCGCUGAAGCCAAGAGCAGCUGCGUUCAGUGCCCUGCAGGAAAGUACUGCGAAAGCGUCCCUGAUGGCCCAACUGCCGUCAAGCCGUGCAACCCGGGCUACUACUGCGAGGGCGGCGCUGCGCGUCCCAACCAGCAUGCGGCCCCUCAAGGGAGCUACGCUCCGGCCGGCAGCACACAGGCGUUGAAGUGCCCCCGAGGCACCUUUAGUGACACAGAAGCCCAGGCUGAAUGCAAGCCGUGCGCUGAGGGGAAACUGUGCAGCGCUCUGGGAUCCAGGAACGAGACAGAGUGCCCGCAGGGUUCGUAUUGUCCCGCAGCUGCUGAAAGCGAUGUGUACUGCCCGAGAGGUACCUAUGGAGAGCGAGACGGACUGCCGGAUGCAUGGUCUUGUACCCCAUGCGGAGUCGGAAAGUACUGUCUCGACACAGGCCUCAAAAACGACGGUCCUUCCUGUGCGGCAGGAUUCCACUGCGCAGGGGGCAGCCGCAGCAUCGCUCCUCUAUCCACCGAGCAAGGCGGAGGCAUCUGCCGGAAGGGCUAUUUUUGCAAGGCGGGGACAGCGCAGCCUCAAGAGUGCCCGCGUGGCACAUACAAUCCCAAUGUUGGCGCGUCCAGUGACGCAGAUUGUCUUGAUUGCCCUGCAGGCCAAUACUGCAGCGAUAGCGGGCUAGAAACCCCGACGGGUGCGUGCCUGAAGGGCUUCUUCUGUCCAGCAAAGAGCGAGGCUCCCGACAGUGUCGGAAACAGCUGUACGGCAGGUCAAUACUGUCCCUCGGGAUCUGAGCGCGCUAAAGCUUGCCCAGGCGGAACAUUUCAGGAUUCGGAGACAGCUGCAGCCUGCUCAACCUGCCCAGCGGGGUAUGCGUGCCCUGCAGGUAGUGCCGCAGGGGCCGUGACCGGGCAGCUCUGCGACAAGGGACACUACUGUCCAGAGGGAAGCUCAUCUAAGACCCAGUAUCCCUGUCCCCCCGGCUUUUACAAUCCGACUCAAGGAGCAAGGAGCCUCGAAGACUGCAAGCUGUGUCCUCCCGGCAAAUUCUGCGACAAAUUCGGACUUAGCGAGCCAACCGGAGAUUGCUCUGCGGGACUGUACUGCGCUGGGGGUGCGACCAGCGCUCAGGGACAGUACGAGGCGGAAACUGCUCAUGACGGCUCGGAUCGUUACAAUAGGAGCUGCUGGGAAGUAGAUAAAGAGGCAAUCGCGACGGAUCAAAGCGUCGUCAUCGACGGCGUUGAGCAUGCGUCGGAAUGUAUGGAGCGAUGCCAAAACGACAACGUCUGCAAGUAUUUCUCCUGGAGUCCCAGCAGGAUCUGUACGAUAAUUUCUGGGUCGUUCGAGCUAGGCAAUUGUGCAGGAUGCCAAGCUGGUCCGAAGUCAUGCUCCACUGCGUGCUUCUACGACUCGUACGACUUCAUUGGCACCGUCGUCGCGACCUACAAGCAGUCGCGGUCCCCUCACUACUGUCAAGCCCGCUGCGCAACAAACAUUCUAUGCUCCGUCUUUGUAUACGAUGGCGUCAAUCAGAUAUGCUAUCUGAAGUCUCACGACGCUCUCAGCUACCGGGUGCAGGCAGGUCAACCAGGCUACGUUGCUGGGCCACAUAGGUACUGCGGCUUUGGCGGAACCCUUUCAUCAAUCUGCAGGUUCCCUGCAGGCCUGCCUGGCACAGCAAGGCGAAUUUGUGAUGGGGAUGAACGCGGCUACGGGACUUUGUUGGAGGCAGGAAGAAAGUGUGAAAUCACAGCCGGAUGCAGGGGGAUUCAGUACUUCAAGACCCCGGAUCUUUACUAUAUACGGUGCGGCGACUUUAGCGAACAACUUACAGAUGAUGACGCAACCUGGUUUCCGAUGGUGUGUGGCGAAAUGGGUCUCUGCAAGAAGGGCACGUACUGUCCGCGCGGAUCUGCUCGCCCUGUCUUGUGUUCAACCGGGAAGUACUGCGCAGACGAGGGCCUGCAGACAGAAACUGGCGAGUGCCGCGAAGGGUUCUGGUGUCCAGGAGGUAGUGCGUCGGAGACACCUUCAGACUCCCCUUGCCCCGCGGGUCACUACUGCGAGUCUGGAACCCGUAGACCUGCCCCGUGUCCGGAGGGGACAUUCCGAGCUGAGCGGGGUGCGCGGAACCAAGACGACUGUUCGGCAUGCACGCCAGGUUUCUACUGCAAAGGCACCGGACUCACAGCGCCGUCGGGGCCGUGCAACAGAGGUUAUUCGUGCCCAUCGAAGUCUACGACGCCGACAGCUGCUAUAUGCACCAAAGGGCACUACUGCCCUGCUGGAGCGGCUGAGCCGAUACCGUGCCCGCAAGGGCAGCACCAGCCCGACCUUGGCCAGUCAGAGUGCGUGGCAUGCCCUGCCGGGAAAGCUUGCGGAGCUGCUACGGAGCCAGAUGAGUGCCCAGCGGGGUAUUUCUGUCCAGCAGGGACGUUAUUCCCGCAUCAGUACCCGUGCCCCGCAGGCUCGUAUUCUGAUGCAAAGGGCAAUAUUCUAGCAACUGAAUGCCUCCCGUGCCCUGAAGGGAAAGUGUGCGACGAGCCGGGAACGCCUUCGGCUACGACGCUUUGCCCUCCAGGGUACUUUUGUCCUGAGGGGACAGACAGUCCCCACAGUAAUGAGUGCGAAGUGGGCCAAUACUGCCAAGAGGGGGCAAGUGAACCUCAGAUGUGCCCCGCAGGGUAUUUUUGCGGAGCGGCGCGUCUGCACGAACCAUCUGGGGGCUGCUACGCAGGUUUCCUGUGCAUAUCUGGCGCUGCUUCUCCCUCCCCGUUCGACGAAACAGUCGAUGGGGCAUGCGCGGAGCCGAUAGAGGGCGGAGAGUGCCCAGCUGGGAAUUUCUGUGUCCCUGCAAGUACCAUCGACGACGUCAUCAAGCCUGAAGGAGGCCACCCUUCCCCCCUCACCGCGCCCGGUCACGCAAUCACAAAUCCUCAUAAGCAUAACGACAUUUAUGUCAUAGACGGAGGAGAUAUCAAACGGAUUGAGCGGCGCUCAGGACAGGUAACGGUUCUCGCCAGCACACGGUCCCUUGGAGUUGCUUCAGACAGGAACCUGAGCGGACAACCAGAACGAUUGGCACUCGAUUAUGCAGGAGCAACGCUUUACAUAUCGUACCCAGGCGAGGCGAAGAUUGUUUCUUACGAUCUGGCGGACUCUACAACGAAAGAGUUUUCUGGCCAGCUCACGCGGCCGAUUGGCAUCUCCAUUGAUAAUACCAGCACUUUCCUCUACAUUGCUGACGCCGGCGCACAUAAAAUCGUACGACUUAACCUUGCCAGCGGGACGGUUUCCGACUGGUUGGGAAGCGGCACUCCUGGGGACGUCUGCGGUGUGGGUGUGGGCCUCCUCGAGGUGCAGCUCAAUGAGCCGCACGAUGUGACGACAGAUGACGACGGCAUUGUUUACGUCGCAGACACAGGCAACAUACGUGUACAGAAAUCUCUCUUUGUAGCGGAUGGGACUGCUCGCAGCGUAUGGCAAAUACGUCUGCCGUCUGCAGAAGCGAGCGUGGCAGCAGGAAACGGUGCGGCGGACACUCGCGGUGCGGAUGGUACGCUGCCCGCUGAUCAAUUCCCGCUCGGACCCCUGAAAAGUUUGGGCAGAGGGACAGAGGUUGAUCAGCAGGUCUUCGACGUCCUCAUUAGCAGUCAAACUGCAGGCGGCCUUCGGCGGUUAGCUUUGAGCAACUCUAUGAGGAGUCUUGAUGCAUUGGCAGAGCCUUGCCCCCCAGGAACCUUCCUGCCCUACAAGGGGGGCAGAGGGAUCUCCGAGUGCCUCCCCUGCCCCGCCGGAAUGUACUGUCAAGCGGCAGGGCAAGUGGUACCAUCCGGGCGCUGCGAACAAGCUCACUUCUGUCCCGCUGGGUCGACUUCGCCGACAGAACAACAGUGCCCCGCAAAGCACUUUUGUGGCAGGGAUGACGAAGUCAGGAACAUCGCGGCAAAUGCAGACGCCACCACUACACGGCGAAGAGACUGGGUCGAACCCAAUAGGCCGACGUAUGCUGUCGACGGCGUAUCUGGCCCCGAAAAAGGCUGGUUGUCGAAGAACACUCCUGGCAGCCCACACGAGCUGGAAAUAGAAUUUGACACUUACUAUUUUAUAAACAAAUACAAAAUAUAUUCUGGAGAUGCAGCCGGCCUGAAUGUAGCCACGACAUUUUCAAUUCGAGCCUGGAACCCACAAGCGUCGCAGUGGCUCCAAGCAAGCAUUCCGGUAAAAAAUAAUUUUGAAGGCGAAGUCGAAGGUGACAUUAUGGACGUAUACACAAACCGGAUUCAUGUGGAGUUCAACCAGGACCAGGUGUUUGUUGCUGAAAUCAUGUUGUUCGGGACAGAGCUGCCGGGAGUGCUUAACCCCGUCCGGUGCCCCCCCGGAACGUACCAAGAUGAAGCAGGUCAAGCAGAAUGCAAAGCGUGUUCUCCGGGAUACCAGUGCCGCGGCGGUCAGGCAGCAAUGGAGGAGUGCAAGGCGGGUUUUUACUGCCCAGGAGGAGUUUCCGCCGAAGACGCGUUCCCCUGCCCUCUCGGUACCGUAGGAAGCCAACCAGGACUAUCAUUUAUUUCAGAGUGCUCGCCAUGCCCCCCCGGCAAGUAUUGCGGAGAACGUGGAUUGACUGACGCAACGGACAAGUGUGCGCCGGGGCAUAUCUGCUGGGAGGGAUCGUGGCUGAAGGCUCCCUUUGCCGGAGACGUCAACCCAGAUCUACCGCAAGCGUCUCCCCUUCUGGUGAACGGUCCGUGUCCUGCCGGAUAUUAUUGCCCCGAGGGCACUCCAUCGCCCAUACCGUGCCCAAAAGCGAGUCACUCUGCCUUCGAGGGCGCCAAAGACCAUACUGAAUGCACACCAUGUGCCCCGGGCUACGCAUGCCCUUCCAAGGGAGAAAUUGUGCCCUGUGGAGCUGGUUACUACUGCACUGCGGGUGCAGACACCCCUUGGCCCGCGGACCCAUUUCACGGCGGUGCAUGCGGCGCCGGAUAUUUCUGCCCUGGAGGCGCUUACAGGCAAACGCCUUGCGCCCCCGGGUCUUUCAGCAGUGGGGGCCAGACGGACUGCACGCCUUGCACAGCCGGAUACUAUUGCGAGUCGUCGCAGACCGCUCUAGUGGACAAACCGUGCGCAGCAGGGUCAUUCUGCGCCGACGGAGCCUCGUUUCAGCGCCCGUGCCCCAUAGGGACUUUUUCGUCUGACACAGGUGCUAGCGCUUGCACAGUCUGCACGCCGCGGUACUACUGCGCGGAAGCCAAACUAAGCGCGCCGUCCGGCCUCUGCGAGGAAGGCUACGUCUGCGCAGCAAAUGCUGUGGGAAGCCGGCCGUCUAAUCAGAUUUUCUCUGCAGCUGACGAUAGGGGUUUUGGUGCAUGCCCCACGGGACACUACUGCGUCCAAGGGACAGGUGCGCCAGCUCCUUGUCAACGGGGAACUUACCAGGAUUCACCAUUUGCUUCUUCGUGCAAGCCAUGCGAGCCGGGGAAGUUUUGUGGCCAGACAGGUCUCAGUGCGCCUUCGGGAGGCUGCGCUCCAGGGUACUAUUGCCUCGAGUCAGCAACAGUCCCAAAUCCAACCGAUGGUGUCACAGGCAACGCUUGUCCGGCGGGGUGGCAUUGUCCUGAGGGAUCGUUCGCCCCGAAGGCAUGUCCGCAUGGGACUUAUACCGACCGCGUGGGAGAGGGCGAGUGCAAGCCGUGCCCUGCGGGAUAUGCGUGCUAUGGCAAUAGCCCUGAGCCUCAAAGCUGUCCGCAGGGCCAGAUGUGCCCCGCAGGCUCCUUCGUUGGAGUCCACUGCCCCCCCGGGUCGUAUCUCAAUACGGAAUCCCGUUGGAGGAAGGGAAACACGAAUGAUCACGCACGCUCGCAGUGUGUUCCAUGCCCACCAGGAAAGUAUUGCCGGGCUGGACUCAUUGCCGGCGACUGUGCUUCAGGAUAUCUGUGCGCGCUCGGGAAUGCAUUUCCGCAUCCAAAUGCGCUGGAGGGGCGACUGGACGCCUACGUUCCUGAGGAUGCGCUAGCGAGUGGAAACUACCAGAUCAUCAAUGGGGAUAACUGGGGGAGCAGUGACUUGCUAUAUGGCGGAAUACCGUGCCCAGCAGGGCACUUCUGCAGAAGCGGCGUGACGACUCCUGAGCCGUGCCCCAAGGGUUCCUCUCGUGUUGAUCCGGGCGGCCGAUAUUCCGUGGAUUGCUCCCAGUGUCCUGCUGGGUUCUAUUGCCCCGAAGCCCUAAAGCCAGCUCCCUGCCCAAAAGGUCACUAUUGCCCCGCCAGCUCUCGAUAUCCGAUUCCCUGCCCCGAAAGGCAUUUUAAUCCUUCGGAGCAUGAGUCUGAAUCCGGAGCUUGCCGCCUGUGUCUCCCUGGAUACUAUUGUGGAGAGGGGCAGGGCGCGUUGACGAGCAGCAACGUUUGCCCUGCUGGGCACUACUGUCCCCCGGGGACGGCCACCCCCUACCCGUGCCCCGCCGGAACUUAUGCUCCAUCACGGGGAAGCAAGGAAGCUACCCACUGUGUGCCGUGCCCAGCGGCUCAUUACUGCUCCCAAGGUGCGGCACAGCCCACCAGGAUGUGUCCUUCCGGCAAGUACUGCCCGCCGGGUACUGCCUUGCCGCUGCCGUGCGCGGUCGGGUCUUUCUGCCAGGAAGGCUCUAGUAAACCAGUCAAGUGCCCCGCAAGUCAUUACUGCCCCGGGGUCACUGGAACCGCGAUGGAGUGCCUUCCAGGGACCUACUGCCCCGUCGGAGCGCAGUUCCCUGAGUCAUGUCCGGCUGGCACAUUUGCCAAUAUUGUUUCUGCGCAACGAUAUACUGUCGAAGGCGGCUGCACGCUUUGUCCCAAAGGCACGUUCAGAGAGACUGCGGGCAGCAAUGUCUGCAAGCCAUGCGGUGCGGGACAUAUGUGUUACGAAGGAUGCACGGCCAUGUUUCCCAGGGAUGCGAUGACAGAAAAAAGAGAGAUUUGCCCCCCUGGGCACUUCUGUCCCCUGGGGUCGUUCCAGGCAAUACCGUGCCCUUCGGGCACUUACAACCCUUCUCCAGGAAAGACAGCUGUUUCUGACUGUCGGCCUUGCAGCGAUGGGUCGUUCGGUGUUUUGCCGGGGCAAACACAAUGUGUAUUUUGCGGUGGCAGCACGUCUACCUCCCCAGCAGGUUCUGUCUGCCAGUGUGUUGGCCGCAACAGAAUUUUUCAACCAAGCACUCGCGCGUGCGUCUGUAAAAGCGGACACGUCUACAAAGAGAAUGGUGCCAACCUGUCCGAUCAAGACGGCAAAGGCGACUGUCAAGAAGAGGCGUACGAGGGCUGUAAUGCUGGGACGGUCAGGGGCCCGGACAGCUUAUGUACUCCGCCGGACGUUCUAUGCCAUAAGCAAUGCGGCCUGCAAAACGGAUCUUACGAUUCCGCGUACCAACGCUGCUUCUGCACCGGAAGCAACCGAGACGAAGAGGUCUGCGAUGAAGAGUGCCGUCAAAGAGUAGGAACUCUGAGUAUUCGUGGAGAAGACAUCGUUUUCACUGACGGCCGUGCGAUUGAAACUUCAGUAUUCCAAAUCGCGGCCCUUGAAGAGAGUCAGGUGAUGGCAGGAAGCCCAUCCUGCCCUCCAGAAAAUGAGUCAGAUUGCACCGUGGUCGUACAAGAAGUGUCUGAAGAAGGCAUUCGAGGUCUGUUCGGUCCGCCACGUGACUUAGAGGCUAUUUUCAACCAGAGGCUUAAUGGCGACUCCUACGCAGACGCACGUGGUCGACGGACCGUGUCCUCUAGUGCACGGACGAACAAGCGGACCUUUACCUUCAAAUCGGCGACUGUGGAGACGCCGUAUGUUGUAGCCCAGUCAGGCCAAUAUGUGUCGCACACCCCAGGAGUCAUGAGUCCGGUUCAGUGCAUUACCGCUGGGACAACUGUGGUCUGGAUGGUGCGGCCAGGCGAGGGUCGUAUAGCGUCUGCGCGUUACCCCGUAUACCUCAAGAAUGUGGGCCUUAACACUGUCGGCGACUUCGACGACGGCUCGUUCACGAAACUAAAACUCGACCUCCUCUCUGGAGUGAAAUGGGUACUCUUUGCUCAUACCUUCGGCACGCCUGGCGUCUACGUGUUCGGUUCUCACAACUCUACAAUAUUGCAAUCUCUGAUCAAGGUCGUCGAUGGCGUGAACGAACGAUGUCCUCCGGGCUCCGAGCACCCGAACCCUCAAACGAGAGCGACGCUGCGGGCUCUGGGAAUCGGUGCAGAAAUCAUUGGGCAUCUUCCUCCUCGGUGGCAUCACAUCGUUAUUGCGAGCGUCCUCAUGGCCGUCAUUGCCCUCGGAACGAUUAUCUUGGCAUUUGUUUUCCGGCGAUACUUUUGGGUCUUUCCGGCUACGACGACUACGUCCAGGCGCACGACGCACAGUUUACUACAUUAUGUCCGCGAUCUCCUGCUCUGUCGACUCGAGAGAGGAGGAAAAGAAAGCGGAAACAGUGUAGCAGAAGACUUCGAUCCGCGCGUAUUCCAGGCUUCGUACUUGGAGCUGCUUCACGUGCAGAACUGCGUAGCGGACGGCGUUGCGGCCUUGAGAAAAGACAAUGCCGCUAGGGAUGAGAUGCUGCAGGACAAGGAGUUGGCUUUCAGAUACAAACUCAGCAUAUUCUUGAGGCGAAUUCAGGACCACACCGAAGAGCUGAUCGGUUCGCGCGAGGCUAGAGGUCACAGGCUUGGAAUGGCCACAGCGUUGCUCCUCCUCCGAAAGGAUUGUCUGGUAGAGUGCGUUCGGGCCGCGCGGCCACCAAUGGCGAACGCGGAAGCGACAGCUGGGACUUCGCAACAGAUCCAGACAGAAUUGAGCCUCUCCCCGGAGACGGAGAAGUGCAUUGCGAAAGUACAAGCGGUUCCUUCAGCGAGUAUCGCUGCAGAACUAAAAGCGGCGGUCAGAGAGCUAGUGGCCUCAUUGGCACAGGACCGGAGCGAAGAGGAGUUAUCUUCGGUUGUUGCUCGCUUUCAGCAGCGAAUGCAGGCAGCACCAGGAAUCGAAGAGGACUACGCGGGCGCGCUGGCCGCUUUGACAACGGACAAACUAACUCAGUUUGCCAACCGUGUCCGACUGGAAACAGAGCUGCAAGAGUUGGAAGACGCAAUUUCAAGCGCCCGGCAUGCGUCAAGAGAGGCAAAAGAGGCGUUAAUUGUUGAGGCGGAGCUUGCCCUUCUGAGGGAAGCUGACAAACAGAACGGAAAACGUAUCGAGUGUGCCGAAAAGGCCUUUGCGUCUGUCAUGGACGCCCACAACGCAUUUGCGGCGAUUUUGUGGAGUGAUCGAAACCAUGCUCAGUUGCAAGCGGCUUGUGCAGAGUUCUCGGCAAGGGUUAUCGCUGUUAUCAACGACGUUGGGAAGCGUUUUGACGCCGGUUGCGCUGAACUGCGAAACACGUUAAGUUCGGAGGCCGCGACCUUAGCAACUCAGCUUGAAUCCAUCUGCAGUGAAGAUGAGCGGCAAAUGCAAGACCUGCAGGAUCAACGAGAGGCAAAGGCGGAGGCAAUCUUCCAGUCCACCUGCAGAGAAGAACGCAAUAGCAUUGGAAAAAUCUUCGAAACCUUUAAAGAACGGUGGAGCCUGCGAGCGGACUUGACCUUCGAGGCUCUUCUUUGUACAUCGCUAAGCACCCGCUCUGAGGACGCGUUUCCGUCCCUGGCGUUGUGCGCAACGCCAGAGGACGCCGUUGAUAUCGAGGCCUCUUUCGAUGCCGACAAACAGCAGAUCACGAAGGAGCUCCAUAGUUCAUGCUCACGCCACGGGAAGGAAGUCCUUGCAGCUGCGGAGUCCGCACUUCAACAGCGGAGCCAGAUCUUGCAUCGGCGGCAACGGCUCGAACACCUGCUUCACGAAACAGCCUGGAGGAGCGCGAGAAGGAAACAAGUCUGCCUACGACAACUCGAUCGCCAGCAGGCCGGCAUCACAAUGGAAGAGAUCUUAAUCUGUUUCAGCAGUUUGGUCAGAGCCUUCGAUAAUUACCGCACCGACCUGUGUGGAGCGUUAGCCGCCUUUGCGCAGAAGACCAAGCUGCUCGGGGCCCUCUUUGACAUAAAAGAGAGACAGUUUGAGCGUGGACGGACUAUUGCAGAUCUCUCGCGUGCGCUGGCUCACGCUGAGGCUGCGCUACGAAAGAGUGGCCUCGAAGCUGCCACAUCCCUCUUUCGCCGUGUCCGUGCUAAAGUCACAGAAUCCCGUUCUGUGAUUGCCAAGCAACUGGCAAAGGAGAACCUCGAAGACGUUUACAAGGCUCAAGAUGCCCAACGGCAACUACGACUGUACGUGUACAAGCUGGCUGUCGAAGAGUUUCAAGCUCAGACUAAUUUCCUUGCCACGCUGACUUCACUCCUCUUUAAAGCCGAGGAGAAGCAAGCGCACGCCCUCUCAGACGUCCAAAUGAAUUUUCAGAAGUUCGUCGCACUUGGAGAGGAUCGGCGCUGGCUUUGUUCUCAGAUCAAUGAGCUACGAAAGAAAGGCGGUGCCCAAGAAUGGAAGGUCAAUGCUUUGCUGGAGGAGUACAGCAAAACGCGGGACGUAGCGGAAUCUCUGCUUAGCGAACAACGGCAGCAACGUCUCCGCGACGUAGAGGAAAGGUCACACAGGCUCCACGAAUCUAGAAUAAGUCGCCUGCUUCGAUUAGCUGAGGCGCGUAAGAGGCUGGUCAACGACAUUCAAGGCAUGAAUACGCAAUUAGAUAAAGAUAUGGCGGCAUGGUCAGACACUUUCGACACCGUAGAAGAGGACCUCUUUGACUUGCACCUAAAAUUUCUGGGCUCUAGUUUCCAGCUCAGCUUGGCGAGGCCUUCCUUGCACAGUGGGGACUCUAUCUCCUUCGGCGCGCAGGCGUUUCAGGCGGCCUCUCCUGUAGAUGCUGAAGCAAAAAUUAUGAGCGGCAAUGAAGAGCUCACGCGUGUCAGAGAACGUCUGCUUUCUCAAAUGACCGGCAUUAAGGAGGAGCUGUUAAUGCGGACUGAAGAGGAACAACAAGGUGACAGCAACUCUCCACGUGGAGUACCCUGUGGAGACGCAACGGAGAAUGAAAAACUGGAGAUGCUGGAACGUUUUGACAACUCCUGCCAGCGGGCGAAUAUCGUGUUCGAAGACGAACGACAACAAGCUCGUCUGGCGAUGGAGAGUCGCAUCGCUGCCCGGGCUGCGAGACGGAAGAACGGUUCGUCCGCAGCAUCAGACACGGGCUGUAAAGCAGGUCGUCACGACCUGCUUGCCGAGUGGAACGCGGAAAAGAGGAAGCUCGUCGAGCGACGGCAGGCGAUGGAACGCCGCCAGCAUCAGGAGCUUGAUGAGCUGGCAGCCCUCCAGCUCCAAGAGAAAUUAGCCGUGGUUCUCCUGGAGCGUGAUGUGAAGCUCGCUGAGCUUGAAGCAUCACACCGCAUCGCAGAGUUGCGCGAAUCGUCGCCAGAAGAGACCGACGCAAAGACGGAUGCUCGGAUGAGCUCCCUAGAAAAGGUCAAAGAGUUGAUUGAAACCGAGUUAAGGGCGCACCUGGAGCAAGUGCAGCUCCAGGAACAACGGAUGGAUCUGGAGCGGUUGAAGCAUGAACACGCAGAUCAACUGAGGGACCUCUUGUACUCCCUCGAUGAAAAUGUCCCUCUUACGAACGUAGCUGACAUAUUAGACUGCAACGCAAAAGUCAAUGCGUGUCUUAAGGAGAUGGAGAUGGAGCACAUGAAGGACAUGCGCCGCAAGCUGGAGGAGGUCCGGAACGAGAUAGUGCACAGCCCGAGGAACAACUCUGCAGAGGAGACAUCUCAGAAUAUCUCCCGUCUUCGGGAUGAGCAAAGAAGAAAUGAAUGGCGGGAAAAGAUUGCAAACAAGCGUACUCAGGCGUGGACAAGGCGGUCACAGAUACUCGCAGGCGGGGCCCGCACGGACGCCCUCUUGAUUUCGCUUAGGCAAAAGAUGGAUACAUUGUUGGCCGCUCUCGAAGAAGACAGGCGCUGCCAGCUGGAGAGCGUGGCAGAAAAACUCAAACAGAGACAGAUAACGAGGAUGGCUAAAUUUGGUGAUUCCCUGGGGCAUCGCAAGGAAAACAGAAAGAAACGAUUGACUGCGAGGGUUGCAAGGAUAAAGGACACUGCUGCAAAACGAAUCAUGUGGAACCAGCAGAAGCGAAAAGGAACCUGCAGAGCACAGCUCAGCCCUUUAGCUCAACGUGUGGUGGACGAAGAGCUCCUUGCGGAAAGCCUGCGCCAAUACAAAGAAGAAAGCACCGUCCAAUUCCGAGGAAACUUUAUGAGGCUCCUCGUGCAGCUCGAGUUGGGCUUGCGCAACGUCGUUGUCCCCCAGCUUCUCUCUGGGAUGCAUGCCGUGGGCAGAGGGACUGUAGCUCGAGGAGGACCCCCCUUUGAUUCGCUCCUAACAGGGCCUAGGAACAUCAGCGUUAGCGCGGCUGGAGUCAGAGAAAGCAGGGCUAUGCUCAACCACGAGAGUAUCGUCAGUUCAAGAAGCAAUGCCGGACACACCGGCGGACGUCAGGACUCAGAGGCUGAGAGCCAGACCACCCCAACUAGCUACAGCAGCAGCGGGUCCAGUUCUAGUCGGAGUAGCAGUAAUAGCGGGACUAAUUCUAGCCGCAGAAGCAGUGACAUUGGGCCCAGUUCGAGCAGCAGCAGUGACAGUGGGUCCAGAUCUAGCCGCAGCAACAAUGAUAGCGGGACUAGUUCCAGCCACAGCAGCAGUGGCAGUGGGCCCAGGUCGAGCAGCAGCAGUGAUAGUCAGGCCUCUUCUAGAGGCCGCCGCAGUGGUAGUCGGGCCCGCCGCAUUGGGGGUGACGGGCCGAGCGCCAGCGAUGUGAACGCGAGCAGUCGCUCAGACACCGGGACUUCCAGCAGCGACGACAGCGGGUAG